AUGGCAGACAAGAUCUCGAUCACCAUCUGCGGCGACGGCGGCUGUGGCAAAUCAUCCAUCACCUUACGGCUGGUCCGUAGUCAAUGGAUUCAUGAAUAUGACCCAACUAUUGAGGACUCGUACUCGGUGACCCGCACCGUCGACGGACUACCGUACUUCCUUUCAAUCACCGAUACCGCCGGCCAAGAAGAAUAUCGUGGACUAUGGACCGCAUCGACGGUCAAAUCAGACGCGUUUCUGCUUGUCUACGACAUUACAAACCCAUCCAGUCUGCAAACACUCGACUACUUCAUGGACAUGAUCAAUCUGGAAGCUGAGCAACGCGUGGAGGAUAACGACCGACUUCGCAAGGAGCUAAAGAAUAAAGGCGUGGAGACGGAUGAGCUGGUCGGGCUGCCACCGCCUGUGAAGAUCGUAGCUGGUAACAAGUGCGAUCUGAAGGAUGGGCGUGCAGUCACGGCUCGCGAGGGACUGGAGUACGCGCGCAAGCAUGGCUGUGGGUUUAUGGAAACGAGUGCGCGGGAGAUGGUGAAUAUCGAGGAGACGUUUGCCCUGCUGGUACGUCGUGUCAUUGAAGCACGCCGUAUCCAUCAGCAGGGCACGUCACCGAACCGCCGCCCACCAUCGCGCACAGGCCAGUCCAUGCACACAACGGCCUUGCCUCCGACGACUGCUGAUGCCGGCGAGGGAGGAACAGGCAAGACUCGAAGCCGACGUAGUGGGUUCUUCAGUCUGGGCAUCAGUCGGAAAUCGAGGGAGCCUUCGAGCCCGAUCGAUAGGUGCAGGCGUCGGGUUUCGCGGGCAGUGAUCAAUGAGAAAGAGGUAGACAAGGAUGAGGAGGAAAUUGAGCCACGGGGCUGCUUGUUUCGACGACUGUACUGCUGUCGGGGAUGCUGA